GCCAUAUUUUCAACGGAAUAAUUAGCUCAUAAAAUAAUUACAGCCUUUAUUACUGUAAAUAUUCAACAUAUCAAACAAGCACAAAGAAUGAAUUUUAACUUUCCUUCUAUCGUCAUUGCAACGUUCACGAUUUCAGCUGUUUUCGCUGUGGAAUGGGGUCAACCUCAUGUUACAUUCUGGAGUUACUACCCGAUACCAGUGUCUGUUUGUAACAUAACAAGUUACGACAACGGAACUGCAGAGUAUGUCUUCUUGUGCCACGACGAUGACUUCAACCUAGACUUGUACUCUUACCCCGAUGAUCCAAGGGUCAUCCUUUUGUUCGAUGAAUGUGGCGAAAUUAGCGGUGUUCGUGCAUGUUACAUUAAAACUGACAUACCUAAAAGAGCAGAGUCUCGUGGAGUAGCCUUCAACUACAGUUAUCACGAAAAAGGAAUUUAUCGUAAUCACACUUACUGGGGAAUAGAUGUCUUGUGUGCCGAUACCCUGUUCGCCUCUCCCGAAACUCUGGCCGCAGGCUGUCGAAGUACCGAAGUAAGUGAUCUCUAUGUGAUUUUGGAGGAUUAUGUAUUCACAAAGUUAGCAAGAAGUGAAAGUGACAUAGAAAAGCAAGGGUUCACGAAACAAGGCUGCUUGGACGGAAUGGGACAACACUACUUUUACAAAAUGUACACAGACACACCCUGUGAUGAGUUGGUGGGAGUUACGGCACUUUAUGACCACGGGGAACUGAUUGGUGUAGUCCAAAUUCCAUUUGGUGCGUUUACUUCCUACAAAAGAGUUUGGUUUGAGGACCCAGACGUAACCAUAUCAAAGAUGGCAUCCCCGAACGCUCCUGAAUGUCUGUACGAUUUGAUCCCGUACUACGGGAUCACUUCUAUUCAUAUUUUCAUGAAAAAGAAUCCUCGUGAAACCUAUUGCCCUUAGCCUUAACAGAAGGGCCUCUACUGUUGAUGAUCCUGUAUCCAGAUUUAAUACAUUAUUAUUCAACUUCGACUGGCCUGUAUAGAAAGCUGCAGAAUUUUAUAAAAUAAAAGAAAAAAUAUUUC